AUGGAUCCAGACUUCGUUAGGCAGGUGAUCCAAAAUCAAGCACCAAUGCCAACGGAAACUAUAUAUACAAUCGAGGACGUCAAAGCGGCUGAUGUGGUCACUGUCCGGGUCGUCUCGCGUGGUGCAGGGGAUGAAGUGUGCGGUUACCAGGAGAUUAAGCUCGAUGCAGAUGAUCAGAAAAAUCUGAGAACGGCUGCCACGGAGGCCGACCAUCGGUAUACAACGUGCACAUAUUACUGGCAGAUCUCAGGAUCCGGGGUUGAGUGGUCCAAUGCACUAGAUAAAAUAACCCUGACUAAGACCGCUAAUGUGGUGAGAGUGGAAGACUGCAAAUCGAGACUUGAUGGAUCAAAAAGUACAGUUUAUUUCAUGAAACUCCUUGAUCACAUUAUAAAGACAUCAGGUCACGACGGCCAGUAUGUAUAUGUGCUUCCAUACAUAUACAUUCGCGCUUCAUCACACAAUAUCACCCUGACGGUCGACAAAGGUCCAAUGGAUGAGUUGCAUCAAACAAUGAAAUGGAUUUGCUUGACGUUCCGAUCACCGCCUGAGCAACCUUGCUUCUCGUUUGAAAAUGGCACAUCACGGGGGAAGUUCUUCAGAUUGAAGCCUUUGUUGCCCGCAACAAAUCCGGAUAGUAGUGAGUUCUGCCAGAAGCUCUUUGAUAAUGCCGUGAUAGCUUGUGGGCAAUCCAGAGGCACUCCGCAAAAUUCCUUCUUUUUCUUGGACAUGCCCUUUGGUGAGCUGAAAACGCGCACAGGAUGCGAGCGUCCAAAAGAAUUCCACGGUGGCAUUGUUUUUGAGGGCCGCCAUGGCACGCUGAUCCCGACGCAAUAUACACCGGAUUAUAGAAGCAUCAUCUGGUGCUUUGAGGGAGGUCAAGGCGAGCAGCACGAGGAUCGAGUUCUGGAACAUAUCAUGAAUAUACGGAGUUGGCUGGGUCCACGCCUCAUGGAUCCAAGAGUGCAAGCCACACAACUUGUUGACGAAAAACGCGUAUUGGUGUAUGGAUCCCGCCCUCUCACACCAUAA